GUGAUAUUUACAACCAAUUUUCAAUUGGUAUAUAAAGAGUAAUUCAACAUCGCAGAUUUAGUAUCCGUUGUUUGAUUAUUCUCUGACCAUGAAGAUAGUUUUAUUAUUUGCAGUUAUAACUGUGGCUGUUUCAGCCGUUACCGGUUACGAUUUUGACGAUUCAGAGUAUAACAGUCUUCUCUCAGAAGACCUAGAAGAGCUGUACAGCUCCCUGGAGCAACCCUCUUUGAACGCUAGAAACCGCAGGGAUGAGGAGGCGGUUAUGCAAGACAAGUGCAGAGGAAGAAGGAAGAAAUUGUGUUGCGGCGAAAUUGUUUGGGAUCAAUUUCACGAGGAAGAUAAGGAAGUUAAACGGGCUUGCUUCAAGGAACUUCACCAGGGCGAAGAUAUGCAAGCAUUUGAUGGAAAGCAUUUCGAUCAUUUUAAGUGUGAGAAUGUAGAGAAGCAUAGGAAGGAUAUGGUUUGUUUGGCUCAAUGCUCUGGUCAGAAAAAGAACUUGCUGGAUGACGCAGGAAAUGUAAGAGAAGAAGACUUUACUCAACACGUCAAAUCCGCAUUCGCCAACGAGCCUUGGUUUCAACCUUUGCAGGACAAAAUUAUCGAAACCUGCCUUGCUGAUUCCAAGGUUAAGGACGAUAAGGACAGCGAAGCAAACGCCUGCAAUCCUGCAGGUUUAAAGUUGAUGCACUGCAUGUUCAAGGAAAUCCAGUUGAGCUGUCCUACCGAACAGAUCAAAGACCCAAAAUCCUGCAGCAGGUUGCAGGAGAGGUUGAAGAAGGGGGGAAAUUUACCACCACCACCACCUCCAACCUUUGACGAAUAAAUAUGUGGUUAAUGAGUACUGUGAUAAUUUAUGUUAAGAUGUAUUGGUAUAUACAAUAAUUAUAUAU